GUUUAACUGCAUAAUUAAAACGGUUUAGCUGCGGUCUACUCGAAAUAAACAAUACCUUGAAUAAUGUGGCAAGAACCUUAUGAAGAGGAAAACAUCUAUGAAGGCGAAGUUCGAUACGAAAACAACCAAGUUACUAUAGGAAAUGUGCCAAGACCGCCAAUCAAGAGUCCGUCACUGCCGAAAAAAGAUGGCCAUCAAAAUAUACCUGCUUCAUUGAAUCGAGACGAUCAGCGUGAGGCAAAUAUUUCAAAAUUAGCUAUUGUUGAUGUCAUCCUAUCCGUCAUUAUUAUCCUACUGUUGGUUGGACUGUUCAUACAAAUUGGCCAACAUCAGGGCAAGACUACAACAGACGAAGGUAGUAAUUCAAAUCAGCGAAGUCAAACAAAUCUAUCCAAAUCUCCUGGUUUUCCAACUGCAACGUACCGAAGCGGAAAUUCAGAUCAGCAUAGUCAAACAAAUAUAUCCACAUCCACUGCUUUUCCAACUGCAACAAGCGGAAAUUCAGAUCAGCCUGUUAAAACAAAUAGUUCCACGUCCAACUGUAUUCCAACUACAACAAACCAAAGUGCGGAUUCGGAUCAACAUAGUCAAAAAAAUUCAUCUACACCCAACGGUUUCAGUGUUUCUUUCCUGGAGGAAACGCUGAAUCAACUUGUAGCCGACAGAAAAAGCGGUCCGGUGAAAUCCUGCCGCGAAUUGAAGAUGUUGGGUUUCAACGCUGACGAUGUUUAUUACAUACAAACUAUUAAAGAUUAUCCUAAAACUGAGGUUUACUGUGACAUGACGUCUGAUGGCGGUGGGUGGACUUUAGUAGCAAGCGUGCAUGAGUCAAAUAUAUCCGUGAAAUGUGGAUUAGAUGAUCUGUGGUCAAGAUACGAUCUGAUAAAUGAAGUGGCAUAUCCAGACAACACCAACUGGGAAUCUGAUUACACGUUUGGAAAUCUUUUCAAAUGUACAUCAAAUGACUAUAAAAAUGAUGCAUAUCACAAUAUGCAGGCUGAGAACAUCAUGAUUUGGCACGUUCCUUCUGAAUUAUCGUUGACUGCAAUGAAGCAAGAAGCCUACCUUCGUUAUAGAACAACUAAUGGGUUUAUGAAAAAUUACGGUGGAAAUUUGAAGAAUCUAUAUGAAAAGCAUUUCCCGUUGAAGUUAAAAUUAGAAAGUCCAGCUGAAGAUGUUCUCGACGCUUUGGCGAAUAAUGCUGUAAAUAUUAGUAGGCAAAUACCAGAUUGGUACAACUACACAUAUGGAGACAACCCUUCUCAAAUAAAAGAUAAAAAAAUGUACUGGCUAUAUGGAAAUCAGGUAUCCGCUACUGGCUGUGGAACUAUUAAUUACGGACAAAUGAAAAGUUACGAGGACUUAUUCUGCGGCUCUAGAAUGAUAAAGCCUUUCUUGUUUUUAAACGUUAUUUCGAACGAAAGGCGGAGGUAUGGAACCAUUUCCACUCAGGUGCAAUCUUAUCGUCCGAAUAGUAAUGAAGCAUUCACUUCUCUCAGCAAUAACAUUACAAAGGGAGAUUACAAACUUCAAUAUCAUUCUUUCCAAUUUUCUUCGCCCGGUAUUCCAACAGCAUGCGAAUUUCACUUCGUUGUAUCAAAUAUUAAUUGGGGAUCGGUCGAGCCAUCAAAACUUGAACAAACAUAUCAUCGCUAUUCAUCAACUUAUAGGAAUAACAGAUUUCAGAUAGACGGAUACCCUUCAAAUAUUGUUAUGGGAUACAUUCUUUUAUCAAGGUCGCUAAAUCUGAGUAAAGCAAUUGAUAAUGAUUAG